GGACGGCUUUAGUGGCCGUGCCACUUUCCGCGGAAACGUGGAUAGGAUUAUAGCGGAAGUGGAGGCGGGGUUAACUCUCUUUCGUCCCGGCGACUGAAGGAAGAUGACGAAGGGAACAUCCUCCUUCGGCAAGCGCCGCAAUAAGACCCACACUUUGUGCCGUCGAUGUGGAUCCAAGGCCUACCAUCUUCAGAAGUCUACCUGCGGGAAAUGUGGAUAUCCUGCUAAACGCAAGAGAAAGUAUAACUGGAGUGCUAAGGCCAAAAGGCGCAAUACUACAGGGACUGGACGUAUGAGGCAUCUGAAAAAGGUCUACCGUAGAUUCAGGAAUGGAUUCCGUGAAGGAACAGCGCCCAAGCCGAAGAGAGCUGCCGUUGCAGCGUCCAGCUCAUCUUAAGGACUCAAAUGUCUAAAAUAAAUGGGCUCCUUUAUGGGGGGGAAAACGUGGUCAUCGUUGUAUGUUCCUCAGUGUCUGCUCUCCCAUAUCAUUCAGAAAGUUGUCUCUGUGUUUGACUAUUCAAAUUGAGCCUGGUGAAAGACCAUAUCCUCGGUUUUUUAUGGAAACAAAUAUACAAAACUCAUUUGUUUAAAAAAACCGAAGUAGUACUUAAAGGUUCGUUUGGGUAAGCUGGUGUAGCUGAAUGUGCCUCGAUUAAAUUAAAUCAAAGUGAA